AUGCCGCAAGAUAAUAUUAGAAUUGCUGUUCUAAGCGGUGGAACUGCUACAAACGAGCUUGUCUCGUUAUUCAAAUCUGUUUCUGCAAAUAUCACAUACAUUCUACCCAUUCUGGAUAAUGGUGGUUCUACAUCGGAAUUGAUACGUAUAACGGGAGGGCCGGCUAUUGGAGAUAUAAGAUCUCGUUUGACAAGACUUAUUCCCGAGAAUCAGGAACCAUUGAGGAAAUUGCUUAGUUUCAGGUUGUCUUCAGAUCCCCGAGAAGCGAAGACCCAGUGGAAUGAGAUAGUCGACGGAACUCAUUUAUUAUGGGCAAAUAUAGACCCUUCGACUAGAGAGAUAUUUAGAGCUUUUUUCAUACAUGUUCACAGUGACCUUUUGAAGAGAUCCAAGCACCUGUUCUCAUUGCACACGAACAAGAGACAAUUUAGAUACGAGCUAGCUAAUGUGGGGAACCUCUUUUUGACAGGGGGGAGACUUUUUAUCGGUUCAUUAGACUCAGCAAUAGAGUUAUUUGCUCGUUUAACUGGCAUAGAUGCCGAUACUCAGGUUUUACCGUGUCUUAAUACAAACUUUACGUACCACAUUACCGCCUUGUUAGAGAAUGGCUCAAUUAUAACUGGCCAAUCCCAAAUUUCCCACCCAUCUGAAUCUGACACUAAGGUAGAUAUUCACCCUCCUCCUAUCCAUGCAUCGCAUCCUGGAACUCCGCAAGAAGGAUUAACCAAUAACUCUGAAUCAGUUUUUUUCCUUGGGACUAACGAUCCCGCUCAUGUGAACUAUAACGAUGCAAAUAGUAUUGUAUCUGAUAUGUCUGAUAACUCAUCGGAUGAAGAGUCUGGUCAUGUUCCACAAUAUACUCACCCGGCGCUAAAGAAAUCUCAAUUGCAUUUUAAUAAAUCUGAUCAUAUCGAGCCUUUGCCAUCUCCAGUUGAACGUAUAUAUUAUAUUUCUCCCUAUGGAGAGGAAAUUUGCCCUACUGCAAACAGUAGAGUAACUAAUAGUUUAGCAAGUGCUGACGUGAUAGUCUAUUCCAUCGGUUCAUUAAUGACGAGUAUCAUACCUAUAGUCAUUUUGAAAGGGGUGGGGAAAGCCAUUGCGAAUGAUAUGCUUCAAGAGAAAGAAGGAAGAAAGAAAAAGCGGAUAUUAUUGUUAAAUGGAAUGAAUGAUAGGGAAACUUACGGCAUGACUGCUGCUGAUUUUGUCAAAGCGAUCGUUAACCUGGCUACUUACUCACUAAGCGAAAGUAGAAUCAAAUCUACAUCUAAUAUCGAAGAAGUCACCAAUCAAAUCCAAUGGAACAAAUAUAUUACUCAUUUAUUUUACAUGAAAGAUCCAAAAAUAGAAGUGGACCAGGAGUAUUUGGAAACGAAGAAGAACAUUUCAUGCAUAGAGGUUAAACGGGAAGAGCAUCAAGACUACUAUGACUUGAAUGAUUUAGAAGCUAAAUUAAAGCAAAUAUCUUACGAUAAUUAG